CCGCUCGCUCCCCGACCCCGGCAUGUGGCGCGUGUCCCGCCCGCUCUACGUGCACCUCGCCGGGCGGACCAAGUUCAGCGGCCCCCGGAGCGCCGCCGCCGGCAUGUCGGGCCUGCUCAUCAAUCAGCCCCAGUACGCCUGGCUCAAGGAGCUGGGGCUCCGCGAGGAGAACGAGGGCGUGUACCACGGGAGCUGGGGGGGCCGGGGCGAGGUUAUCACAACCUAUUGCCCAGCUAACAAUGAACCAAUAGCCAGAGUCAGACAGGCCAGCAUAGCUGACUAUGAAGAAACUGUGAAGAAAGCAAGAGAAGCUUGGAGAAUCUGGGCCGAUGUUCCUGCUCCAAAGCGAGGAGAAGUGGUGAGACAGAUUGGUGAAGCCUUGCGAGAAAAGAUCCAAAUACUUGGAAACUUGGUAUCUUUGGAGAUGGGGAAAAUCUUAGUGGAAGGUAUAGGAGAAGUUCAAGAAUACGUGGACAUUUGUGACUAUGCUGUUGGCUUGUCGCGCAUGAUCGGAGGACCCAUCCUGCCCUCUGAAAGACCUGGCCAUGCACUCAUUGAACAGUGGAACCCAGUAGGCCUGGUUGGGAUCAUCACUGCGUUCAACUUCCCGGUGGCGGUGUAUGGCUGGAACAAUGCCAUCUCCAUGAUCUGUGGUAACGUCUGCCUUUGGAAAGGAGCUCCAACAACUUCGCUCAUUAGUGUAGCUGUCACAAAGAUAAUUGCCCAGGUUCUGGAGAGCAACAGCCUGCCUGGUGCAAUUUGUUCCUUGACUUGUGGUGGGGCAGACAUCGGCACAGCAAUGGCCAGAGAUGAGCGGGUGAACCUGCUGUCUUUCACCGGAAGCACUCAGGUGGGAAAACAGGUGUCUCUUAUGGUGCAAGAGAGGUUUGGGAGAAGUUUGUUAGAACUUGGAGGAAACAAUGCCAUUAUUGUUUUUGAAGAUGCAGACUUGAGCUUAGUCGUUCCUUCUGCUGUCUUUGCUUCUGUGGGGACCGCUGGCCAGAGGUGUACCACUGCACGGAGACUGUUUUUGCAUGAAAGCAUCCAUGAUGAAGUUGUGAACAGACUUAAAAAGGCCUACGCACAGAUCCGUGUCGGGGACCCUUGGGACCCUAAUGUUCUCUAUGGGCCACUCCACACCAAGCAGGCAGUGAAUAUGUAUCUUGGAGCUGUGGAAGCAGCAAAGAAGGAAGGAGGCACAGUGGUCACUGGUGGCAAGGUUAUGAAUCGUCCUGGAAAUUAUGUAGAACCAACAAUUGUGACAGGCCUUGCUCACAACGCAGCCAUUGCUCACACAGAGACUUUUGCUCCGAUUCUUUAUGUCUUUAAAUUCAAGAAUGAAGAAGAGGUCUUUGAAUGGAAUAAUGAAGUCAAACAAGGACUUUCAAGUAGCAUCUUCACCAAGGACUUGGGCAGAAUUUUCCGCUGGCUUGGACCUAAAGGAUCAGACUGUGGCAUUGUAAACGUCAACAUUCCAACAAGUGGGGCUGAGAUUGGAGGUGCCUUUGGAGGGGAGAAGCACACGGGUGGCGGCCGCGAAUCCGGCAGUGACUCUUGGAAGCAGUACAUGAGAAGAUCCACUUGUACCGUUAACUACAGUAAGGACCUUCCUCUGGCUCAAGGAAUCAAGUUUGAGUAAAGGUGCCUUAAAUGGGAAGAACUUCAUAUUGAUUAGAUUAUUCUCAUAGCUCCUUUCUUGGGAAGAAGACAAAAUAAAAUGAAAAAUUUUCACUAA